GAAGAUCUGAUUGGGUAAAAACUCCGGCUGUUAUGUUCUGUCCGUUGAUGCUUCGAAAGAUACUUAAAAAAAAAAAAAAAACAAAGCAAUGAUUUUUAUGACUCGUUUGGUAAAAAAUAUCGCCUUUUUGCCCAAAAAAGCAAACUUGCUAUAGCUCCGUCAUUAUCCUACAUGCACCGACCAAUUCGCCAAUCGUCUCCGUCGUCUUUCUUUUGUCAUCCGCCUUUUUUUUCCUAAUCCGGCAUCGAUUUUUCCGGCUACGACCUUCCAUCUCCGUCGUGUUCUAUCGAAUUGCUGAUUCCCUCAACGAAUUUCAGAAAGUUUCCUCUUUCGUAAGGCGUAAUUCGCGAGGCUCUGUAGCUUAUUGUUGUGGUGAUGAUUGUGUUUUCAUAGCUUCAGCCUCUUUUGUCAUAAAGUGUUCCUGAGAAUGGCUCAGGGACAGCAUAGGAUGGUUCCUCAGCCAGGACAAAUGCAGAGUUCUGCUUCUGGUGUUUCGUCUCAGCCUAAUAUGGCCAAUGGCGUAAACCAAGAUGGUAUCAGAUUGCGGCAGGAGAUGCUGAACAGAAUCUACGUUUGGUUACAGCAGAGGCAGCCUUCAAAGACUGAUGAUGCCUCAAAGGCAAAGUUAUUUGAGGUUUCAAAACGGUUAGAAAGUGUAAUGUUCAAAACGGCCACCUCAAAGGAGGCGUACUUAGACAUCCAAAAUCUUGAGGCUCGCAUAAACUCUAUUCUGAAACAAAUAUUUGGUCAGCGCCCUGCUAAUCCUUCAAGUGCUGUCGGUAUGACUGUUCAGACACCUGCGGUUUCGCAAGGAUUGCGUCAGAGUUAUACGGCCACCCCUAUGGUGGAUACGAGCACCUUCAACAGUAAUAACAACUUAGCAGAUGCAACAAGGGUUAUGCCAACUACUCGCAUGAAUGGAGGUUCAAUGAUUAAUGGCCACCAGCAACUAUCUGCGGGGUUUUCAGUUAGUUCUAAUGACAAUGGCCAGAUGAUUCCUACUCCUGGAUUUGCUAACGCUGACGUAUAUCAGUCUCUUCGAAAUGGAGAUGGUGGCAAUCUUAUGGCUGUUGGGAAUCCGUCUCAGCUGCAGAGGCAACAUGCUGCUGGUUCAAAUGACGGUAUGCAAUACAACCUUGAUCACCAGAUGGGAGGUGGUUUCAGGUCAAACAAUCACCAGAAUGCGUCUGGGAUGAUCAAUAUAUCUCAAAAUGCUGGUGUAGGGAUGAGUGGAAACAGUGAACACCUUGCUAAUGGUCACAUGGGAUCUGAAGGGGUCAUUAGUUCUAUACAUUUUUCAAAUUCAUCCCAACCUUUGCAGCAGCCUGUUGAUCAGUUGCAGCAAGUGUCACAUGUUCACAGAUACUCAAUGAGCAAUUCUGAUACUUAUGGGACUGGGAAUCUCUAUGGAUCAUCUGGCUCAAUGGAAAAUGUUGUGGAUAUGAAUCCUAUGCGGAGAGUUGAUGUUUCCUUUGGUAGUAAUCAGUCAAGCCUACACGCAGUGGAAAGGACUCCGUUGAUUAAACGUCACGUACCUCAACAGUUUGAGAAUGGGAAUUUCCAAUCAUCUUCCAGCUCUAAAGAAAAUUUGGCUCAGGUGAGUCAUCAACCAGUAGAGAAUCAAUUCAACCAGCAAGCUCAUCAUGGUCAUUACCAGCAACAAGAGCAUUUGUUGAACAAUAAUGCUUAUCAUCAAUCUCAGCGAGCUUCAAAUUUUGUUAGUCAAGUUAAGCAUGAGCCUCGCACGGACUACUAUAAUGAAGCUUCUCAGCUGCAGGCUAUGAAUCAAGUAGAUCCAUCCAAGCUGCAAAACCAGUACAACCAGAACACUGUCAAGGACGAGUAUGUUGCUGCUCAGAGUGCACCAGUUUUUAGUAGCCAGCUAAACAAUUCACAAUCUCAUCAGACGCAGCAGAUACCACAAUGGAAAGAUUUGAAUAAUCACUCAGUUGGAGUGCAGCCAGUAUCAAGUCUGGGUCAGUGGCGUUCAUCUUCUCAGAACUUGACACAAACAUCAAAAGAUUCUAAUGGAGAGAGAGAACAGUUUGGGGUAAACUCAUCUCAAAGAUUACCUAUGCUGCUUGAAGCUGCUAAUGAUAGUUUGUCUGUAAGAGAGUCUGCAAACUGCCAAACUCUUGCUCCUAAAAGCACCCUGGAGGCUCCACAUCUCCCAGAAGGAAGCAACACACUUAGUAAACAGUUGAAUGGAGAUUGUGAUUCAAGUUGCAUAAACCAGAGGCGGUGGCUUUUGUUCCUGCUACAUGUUCGCAAAUGCAAUGCAGCGGAGGAUAGAUGUGAGAGCAAGUAUUGUUUUACUGCCAAAACGCUACUGAAACAUAUCAACUACUGCAAGGCCCCUGCUUGCGCAUAUCGAUAUUGUCUUCAGACGCGGAAACUUAUUAAUCAUAAUAAGCACUGCGGGAAUGAAGCAUGCCCAGUC